AUGGGGACCUCUCAAGACAACCAAGGCCUGGGAGCUCGUAAUAGCGUCGAAGCAGCUACACCCUACGCCUGGUCCUCCAACUUGAUCAUAUCCCCCGUCACCAUGGAGGUUCUUUUGGGAAUUACGGGCAAGGAUUUCACCAUCAUUGCCGCCUCCAAGGCAGCAAUGCGUGGUGCUACCAUCCUCAAGGCUUCUGACGACAAGACGAGAGCGCUGAACAAGCACACUCUGAUGGCUUUCUCCGGAGAGGCGGGUGAUACAGUGCAAUUCGCCGAGUACAUUCAAAGAAACGCGCAGCUCUACUCGAUGCGAAACGAGACGGAGCUAUCGCCGUCGGGCCUGGCUCACUUUGUUCGCGGAGAACUUGCCUCCAGCUUGCGAUCGCGCCACCCGUACAAUGUCAACCUUUUGAUGGGAGGACUGGACCCCAUCACCGGGAAGCCGCACCUGUACUGGCUGGAUUACUUGGCUUCUCUGGCCGAGGUUCCCUACGCUGCCCAUGGCUACGCACAAUACUACUGCUUGUCUAUCCUGGACAAGCACCAUCACCCCGACAUCACUCUCGGGCAAGGCAUAAAGCUGCUGACGUUGUGCACCGACGAGUUGAAGCGGCGGCUACCGAUCGAUUUCAAGGGCAUGGUGGUAAAGGCCAUCAAGGCGGACGGAAUCGUCGAUAUAGAGUUUGACGACGACAAGAUUGUGAAGAGUGCUUAG